AUGCAACUCAUUCAAGGAGGAGAACCGAUUGUAAAUUAUAGCGGAUCAAUUGGGUUCGGAAGGAUUAUUGAUGGAAUGACGGAUGUAUUCUGUUUCUUGAAUUCACAGGAUCGUUGGCUUUACCACAAUCACUGUAUAUUCUAAUUAGAUUCCGAAAAUAAUAUUUACGACUUCACAAUAGUUUCACUUUGAUCUUUUCCUCAGGGGGUCUCGGGAGUUUAGGAGGAAAAGGGUUUAAAUGUGCAAUGAGGGAGUCAUGUUCACCUAAUCUGUUCGACCCUAUGAAUCCCUCCUGUCACACUUCGUGUAGAAACGACGGUGCCACGGGCAGAGCAAGUAGAGGAGCAAGAGGAGAUAAUGGAAAAGACGGAACAGGUUGAGUAUACAUGAGCCACCUUGAGAGGACUCUUUUGAAAAUGGCAGCACCAAUUUCUUAUAUUUUUUUAAGUAAUUUUUUGACUCAAAAGCGAGGCUUAGAAAGCUAGUUUGCAUGCUCAUAUGAAAGAAUAAUAAUCACGCGAGAAAAUGUUUGGCAGGGAAAUGAUUUAACAAUGUCGAGAAAGUAUAAUACGACCAAAUUGGAAAACUUACCGGUUUUUACGUUCAUCGUCGGUGUCCAGUCUACGCCCAUGGUAGAGUAGAGAAGGCUUGCGAGUAAGAGGGACAAUUCUGCCGCUGGUUUUCAUGGCGUUUAAACGAAAUGCCAGUCCAUCACGGUGCCCAUCACACGGCAUACAUUUCGGCAGGUUUCCUUUAUAGUUCAGCAAUAACCAUCUGCAUUCCUCAGUGGAGAGAAGCCCUGAGUAAAUCUCCUGUACAGAAACACAAUACAAUGACCCAAAUAGAGAACUUCCCCGGACCUAUCGACCCUGAGUCUAAGAACUAAGUUCUAAGCUACCAUAUCGUUGCAAAUUUCAUCUUCAUAAGUAACCAUGCGUUGAUUGAUAUCUGUACUUUCAGCUCCAACGGAUCCUGGCACGGACGGUCAAAUAGAUGAUUCCUAUCUACGUACAUCCCGCCUCUCUGAAAAUGCAAGAAGCAAAUACCCCUUAGCAUUGUUAAAGUUGAUGAAAAGAUAUGCCGAGGAUCGCAUUUGGGCAAAUGAUAUCGAGGAAGGCAAGAGUGUCCUGAGAUUCUUAAUAACUUUAAUGGAAGGAAGAAAGGGUAUACAAGCCAUGAGAAAAGGUGAGUUUUCAAAUGGAGCUAUUUAACCUUUCUUAUAUUCCUCAGAGUAUUGUUUCAGAGACGAGCUGAAGGAGAACAAAAUCUCAAUACCACGGCGCUAAUGUUUCUUGUAUAUCUGUAGACGCAGAACGAAGGCUAGGUUUUCUAGACAAAGAAGGAUUCGACAGAUUUGGAAAUAAUAAAUUGUUUGCCCCGCUGAUGAAAUGGGAACGCUUAAAAGAGAACGCUGAAGACAUCGAAAAGUAUGCCAAGGAAUACCAAGACGCUUUUAACAGGAUUCAAAGAUCAAUUAAUCAACAAGAAGAUAUUACUGACAUACUGAAGGACUUAGCGCCAAAUGCAGCCAGAAUACAGGUCAGCAAUCAAAUAAAACGACUAAAAACGGCGAGGGCAGUCGAUGAAAGCGAAAAGAGGCUUUAUGUAGAGGUAAGGUAAUAAGUUUGUGAAACUGACAUUUUAAAAUCGUAUUGCGUAAUUUUUGGUUUUUGACCUUGAAACUUGAACAUUUACUCGGGGAUUACAAUUUUUAGAUACCUGCUCCUUGGUAUUAAAACAGCCUAUUUUCAGAUUUAUUCUAGAACUAAUUCCUUUUCUUUUUCCAUUUUACCAUCCCUAUUUGUUUCAUUAAAAUUGACAUUCUCUAGCAACUCAUUUAUACUUUCGUUAAUUAACAAUUUUUUUCUUUUUUUGAUUCAUACAUUCAUUUCUCCAUUCAUUUCUCCAUUCCUUUGUCCAUUCAUUCAUUCAUUCAUUUAUGCAUUUAUUCUUUCAAUGAUGUAUUUAUUCAUUUUGUCCUAAAACAUUCUGUUUAAUUUAUUUUUCCUUUCAUUAAUUCGUCAAUUACUUUAUUGAUUCAUCCAAACUAUCGAUCAGCAAGUCAAUUGAUUCAUUAUUCAUUUUCAGUUUUAAAUUAUCUCCAUUUUUUGUAUGUUUAUUGAUUUGAUGCUCAACACUCAAUUUUUUGGGAGGAGAAUUUAAAUGUUACUGAACGCAUUUUUAUCAAGAAGCUUACCUUGCCUUUGUUUACUCUCUCCUGUACCCGAUUAGUCCAUCGCUCAGGUAGAAAACCGCAUGAGCAGCACUUUAGAGACGCUAAAGGCGACACUGGUUGAGUUACAAGCUCAAAAAAAUAUGGAGCAUUUCUUCGCAAUACUCCAGGGAGUAACAGGCUUCGUAGGUGCACUUAUAGAAAAAGAUCCUGGUGCUGCUCUUGGUUCCGCCUUUAGUCUUAUUGAGAAUGAGGCUCUGAGGUGCAAUAGAGGUACGCUUCAACAAAACAAGGCCAAAUUAGAAAAAUGGGUGAGAUUUGGAAAAGCAUACAAGGCUCUGGCAGAUCCUAGUGACUUGAAUUUUGACGAAAUGGAUAUACAAUCUGUUCCAGAAAUAAUGAAGGUAAUAUAAUGCGUAUGUUUCUUUUUUAAUUUUCCUUUUCUUUUCCAUCACUAUAUCAACACAUCCGCAUUCCAUAGGAUGUGGAAGUGGAUGUACCACAGGGGUAUCACAACGUUAUCUUUGUGGCUCUCUAUGGAUGGAACUCAAAGCUAACUUAUUAUUGGCGAUGUAGUACAGAUAAAGUCAAGUCAACUAGAAACUUGAUGGGCGUUAGCUGAGCGAUUAAAUCAGUACUUACAUGUAACACCAUACCUUUAAUUAAUUACAUCCGUGUUUUAUCGUUUUCCAUAACCAAAGGCGGAUCUGGAAAUAAACAAGGAAGCGCUUCUGGCAGACCUGGUUUGUUUGCUGGACGUUGAUCUACCACCUCAAGUGACAGCAGAAUUCAAGAGCGAAAUCGAGAAAUUCUUCAUCGAUGGUGGAACAAGGAUUAAUCUCAUUGCGCAGGUCAUGGAGUUAGACAACAACAUUGGCACGUAUAAUUACGACAUUGUCAAUUUAAGAGAGACAGAAAAGCAAAUAAAAGCUGUCAAUAAAGCCAAGGGUAAGAAUUCUCUUCUUCAAGAAGCUAUGUUGUAGCAAGAGAAUAUAAACUGCUCUUGAUUAUGGUGGAUCCCGGAUUUCUUAUGUUCGCCGACGUUGUGGCGCUUUUAUUAGCAUGGUAACUAUCAAUGCUACCGUAGUAAACUUUCAUUGUAUUCUUAUGACCAUCCAUAUGUCCGCCCUUAAGCACAUGUUCGAUGAGUUGCAUGGCUACGUCUCUGGAAAAGAAACUAGAUUUAACCCUUAAGCGCACGAACUAACUGACGACUCAAACGCGGCACGAGGAAAGGAAAAUGGAGGAGCCCUCCCUCCCCCCAUCCCCGCGAUUUUUGUCAUGUGUCGAUAUUCUAAAAAAUUGUCAUACAAUAAUGGGUAGCACGAUAUGCAUUAAUCAGGUUGAGACAAAAAUUAUGGGUUUGGGCUAUACUACUAUCGCAUUAUUAAGGGUUGGGAAUUCAUCAUUUUCUAAUCAUCACAACUUUAUAUUUACCUCAACUGACAACUUUCCAGGGACCCCAAUAGCCGACAACGUACGGCAGGAGUUUAUUGAUAACCUUUUGAAUAUCUAUGAAGAACUGGAGACCAGUUUUUCCAAGCAGCUAUACUUGUUCUACAAGGGUUUUGAGUUCCGGUCCCUGUGGAACAUGGACAAAAAGAUGGCAAGGUUUCAGCGUCGCGCUGCAACCCUCACAAAAGGCUCUGGACAUCUUCAAGGAGUUACUUCCUUGACAAAGGCUUUACAAGAAAUAAACAACAUUGAAAUGGCAGCUCGAAGCUGUUUUACGACUAAAAAGCCCAAAAUUGGUAUAUACAAAUGGUCUUUUGACAAGACGAAAGAUCCAACGGUAUGGACAUCAUUCUUUUCUCUUGUCGACGGUACUGUGGGUUUUGUUCAGUAGUCCACUGAGCUCCGAGUCGGACGACCCGAGUUCUAGUCCUGGCCGGGGCAAGGCGUUGUGCCCUUGAGACGUGCGAGAAAAAAAAUGCGAGCUCCGAUUUUAGGCUUGGCUAAAUCUAUAUUAUUCUUAUUUUCCCCCCUUCCCCUUACACACUGUUGGCGACGACUGAUCCCUCCUCUGUUUCCCCUGAAAACUCUAUGAUUUCCACAAAAAUCCUCUAUUGAUAAAUAAACAAGCAUCCCCGCAAUGAUAUUUUGUAGCACAACUUAUUAACAACGCCGAAUUCGCCUACUUGAUCCUCUCGUUUCAUUCAUUUAGAUGUUCAAGGAGUUAUACAAGAGUUACACGACGUUUUCCUUGGACAUUGAUCAGGGCUGUAAAGAUUGCUACAAUGUGCGCCUCUUGAAGGUACAUAGAAACAGAGCUGUUUAAGUAAUGUUGUAAACUUAACAGAUUUGAAUACAACUGCUUGCAUCGACAGGUUACUCUGGUCUUGUCAACUGCGUUGAUAACGUGAAUUGACCACCAUAAAGAGUUUCAAAGCUGACGUUUCGAGCGUUAGCCGUUCGUCAUUUGCUCUGACGAAAAGCUAACGCACGAAACGUCAGUUUCGAAACCCCUUUACGGUGGUCAUUUUAAGUUAGUUGAUAAUACCGAAUUACCCUGUUACACUCUCCCACCAGCGCAGCACCACAGCUUCUUCAUAAAUUUACCUCUGUUUAGUUACUUGCAUCGACAUUGUCAUUUACCGUCCUAUGUUGAGAGUUUUGCAAAACAUUCCAAGAUCAUUACUGAUAGAAGGCUAAAUAGGAUUUAUCUUACACAAGCCUCACUUUCCUUCAAAAGAACUUAAAGCGUUUAAAUCGAAGUUUUUUUCACCUAACUUUUUUCGCCUUAUAAAUUUCGAUGUUAUUUCUGAAUUUUGUCCCUGAAGACCUCAUUUAACAGUCGCAUUUUGUGCUUAAGAUUUCAUUGCGUGAAAAUAGAAGAGGGCUUAGUUCGAAUCAAUUAUCAUCCAUGGAUAUCAAGAACUAAUGAUCGUGCUUUUAUUGAAUAAUGAUAAAUAUCAGUCACACCUGUCCUCCAAUAGAUUAUAUUUAAGAACCAAUCAGAAUGGGUGUAUAACUAAGCCUAUCGUAUAAAACGGAAUAGACUGCGCGUAGCGUAACCGAUAAGAUUGCCAUAUCUGGAUAGAAAGGUAGUAGUAGUAUUCUAUUACUGGAAAGUAAAUAUAAAAAAGUUACUGAGGUGAAUUUUUGGCUUUCCCCACUGUAGUGUAUUAGGACCCAGACUCCCCCUCAGUGGGGCAUGUAACGGCUGACUAGAGUUGUUGUUGAAGACCACUAGUUGGAUAGGCAGAACAAAGCCAUCGUCAAGUCCAAUCCGUUGUAAUACUCCUAUUUACCGACCAGAUCGGAAGAAAAAACCACGAGCAUAUAGGAAUUUAAACAACAAUGCAUCAAAAAGAAGGAUUCCCAGAAAAAUGAUUUAAUAAACUUUAAUCAUAGUGUAAAUACUUUGUUAUCUUUAAAAGAUGUAUGUGGAGCUAUAUGGUGCAGCCCAAGAUCAGAGCGUCCCAGAUAAAGUUCAUCUAAAGCUCAGACCACUGGGAAGGUCUUACUUUAGGAUUGGCGAUGAAAUCAAAGACUUCCAUCAGCCAAUGGCCUCUUGGCGAUACUUGAACUUCGAUCGUUUCAAGGUAACUAAUGAGAACAAGUGCAGACAGGAAAAAGAACAAGGGAAGGGUAAGUGGCUAAAUAUGUUUUAAAUAUUUAAAUAAACCUUCCAAAGUGUUAGUUUUUACAAUUUCCUUGUUCACUUAUUCACUCGAGUAUUUCAAUGGAAAUGAAAAAAAGAAAAUUAUAAAAAUAAAAAUGAUAUAUGGCCAUCGAUCUGUGAAACAGCAACGUGAUGAAAUGAACUUGCUUUCCUGAGGAUGCUAAAAAUGGCAAGUUCUUGAUCAUUUGACACAAUUUGAUGAAAUGCGAGUUUCUCCUUACCCCUAAUUCUCAGGAAAAAAAUUACCACAAUUUGCAGUAAUGUCGCAAUCUGAUUGGUCAAUUUGCUGUUAUCGAUAAGAGUACAGACAACGCUGCUUGCGUCAGCGUGUCACGCAAUGCCUUUAUCAGACCUUAAACAUGGACGACUUGUACUGAAAGAAUCCUUUCAAUUGCCUUCGAUACUGAGGUAAAAAAAUCGACAGUUGCUGCGCCUCUUGAGUUCCACAACAUUUUGAUCACUGUGAUAACAAAUAUCGUUGUCGAUAAGAGUAUAGACCACGCUUUAUGAAAGUCGAUUUGUUAAGUUAUCAUUUGUCAAAUAAGAUAUUGGAUUCCUGAUCGGGGGAAUUUCAUUGAAGCUAAACGGACAUGCAAAGCGUACCGAUUUCAAUGGGCCUUGCCAUCUUAGCAUAAUCUGCUUGGAAAAGAAUCUACCCUAGCGCGAGUUGAUGUUUGUGGGAAAAAUGGUGAGCUCUUAUUAAGAGCAACUACGCAUGCGUUGUAUUAAUUUCAAAUGGAAGAAUUCAACAGUUGAACUUUUUUUAACCCUAGAUGGCGGUUUUUAUUGUUUGACAAAAGACGACAAGCGCCUGACAGGGAUGUGCUGUCAUCCGCUCAUAGCCGCACCUUGUGAUGACGCUUUGGCGGGAGAAGAAGAAUGUCGAAGUGUAUUUGGAACAUACAGCCUUUCCAUACCAAUUGAUCCGACAUUGGACUGCAGUGCACAAAUAACUUACAAAAACUGCAAAAAUCUGAAUGUAAGUUUGCCCAACUGGCCUCAGUCGUUCGAUGGCUAGAUAAAGCUAUCCCAUAGAUGGCCAAGAACGUUUUAUUUCUUUUAAACAGUUAACCACUAAAUGGCGUUAUCCACCCACUGAAAGGUGGGGCCUGGUGAAAAGGGAAGGAAUAAAGGGGUUGGUACUGGUGAGAGGAGGAUGUUAAAUUUGAUCAUUUAAGGGGGAAGGGGCUAGUAACGGUGAUUAAGGCACCAAUGCAAUCAUUGUUCAUCUCCUCAGGGGGUCAGAGGACUUUAGGGGGAUCAUGGUUUUCAGGAGUAAUGGAUGAGGGAUCAGCAGAGUAUAAAAAAAGUGACACUCAACGUGGGGGGGGGGAAAUUAUCAGAAUAACAGAGCCUUAGGGGGAGUCAGGUAAAUGAUAUUGUGGCAUAACCAAAAUCCUCGGAACUAACCUUGUGCCCAGAUCUUACUGUAUGACUGAAAUGUUACUACGCUUGACCGUGGAAGGUCUGGGUCCUUCCUCUGACUCCCCGGUUUACCAUAACGAUUUUAUUUCGUUAUCUUUUUUUCAUUCAUUUAUUUCUUCUCAGCGAGAACUUUUCACCCACAUGAAUGUUUGGACAACUUUCAUGUAUUGGCCCGAAGCAUACCCACAGACACCGGAGGAUUGUGGGAUUCAAAAGCGCAAUGCCACAGUCGAACCGGAAGUCGAAUUAUUGGAUUCUCCUCCUAUCCUAAGACGAGACGCUGAUGCCGAUUUAAACAACAAUAAAAGGAAAUGA